AUGUGGAUGAUUGAGCUUCGCUGCGAAAAGCCGUGGGAGAAAAAGAAAACAAACCAGAAGUCUUUCUUUGUUGUGGCCCAUGUAGGGUGGUUUGCUGGAGAACAUCAGUGGAGUCUAUUUAUCCCACUCUUUCAGAAAGCAUCAACUCUGCUUACUAAAUUUAUGCUUGAGGACAAGAUCAAUAGUGUUGAUUUGAUACGUGGGAUAAAGAAGCGGAUCAUGUUGAAGAGCCCUAGGGUUCAGUACUUGGCUUUGGUGUUGCUUGAGACUGUUGUUAAGAAUUGUGAGAAAGCAUUUUCGGAGGUUGCAGCCAAGAGGGUGCUUGAUGUGAUGGUGAAGCUGAUUGAUGAUCCUCAAACUGUUGUUAAUAAUCGGAACAAGGCUCUGAUGAUGAUGGAAGCAUGGGGGGAGUCUUCUAAUGGGCAAAAACACCCAUUCUGCCAAUAUUUCAAGGAUUAA